CUUUUCUAGAAGAAAAACAAGAAAGAAAACAAUACAUACCUGACUAAAAAGCCUGUGAGAAGGGAGCUGUGAAUUCCUCUGAAGUGGGUCGAAAUGUAGCCCUCUGGUAGGGCCAUGAACCUGAAAUUAGUCUAUGUAUCUGUACUGAUGUUCGGAGUAGCAGGGCUGCUCCUCUUCAUGUAUCUGCAAGCCUGGAUUGAAGAACAGCACACAGAUAGAAACCAGGCAAAAGCCACUGGAAUCCUAAAACCAGGACUUAAGAAGUCUGGAGAAAAACUACAUCAGCAGGCAAUUCAUCAGGUCUUCAGAGUCAAUUCUACAGAGGAACUUGAAAGAAUAACAAAAAACUGGAUCACUGCUGAGCAUCUUGGCAUAUCAAACAAAGCUCUGAAAGACAGUACACAUUCCCAGGAAGAUGGCAGUCCUUUCCUAGGGAUGCCAGCCUCCUUGAUCCCUGGAUUAUCUGAAGAGCCUCAGAAGAUUACAUUGCUUCUUCAGCCAUUAAAGCAAGUGGUUGUACCCCCAGCCAUGAACAAGACUUUUAUCAGUGACAAUAGCUGGAAAACCAUGGGUGAGACGCAAGAGAAGCGGAAAUCUUUUCUCCAGAAUUUCUGCCGAAAACAUGUUGUUAGUGAAAACAGACCCCAGAUCCACCUUGUACGCAUGGUGUCCAGGAUAUAUGUGGAAGAUAAACAUAAACUCUUGUAUUGUGAAGUCCCCAAGGCCGGCUGUUCCAACUGGAAAAGGGUUCUGAUAGUUCUCAGUGGCCUUGCCAAGUCUGCAGCUAAUAUUACCCACAAUGCUGUGCACUAUGGAAAGCAUCUGAAGAAAUUAGACAGCUAUGAUUUAAAAGGCAUCCACAUGCGUUUAAAGACAUACACCAAAGUUAUAUUUGUAAGGGAUCCCAUGGAAAGAUUGGUAUCUGCAUUCAGAGAUAAGUUUGAACAUCCCAACAGCUACUACCAUCCUGUAUUUGGUAAGGCCAUUAUCAAGAAAUACAGAUUGAAUGCAGGCAGAGAAGCAUUGACAGCAGGCUCAGGAGUAACAUUUAAAGAGUUUGUGAAAUAUUUACUUGACUCCCAUCGGCCAGUAGGUAUGGACACUCACUGGGAGCAGAUCAAUAAACUUUGCUAUCCCUGUUUUAUCAACUAUGAUUUCAUUGGUAAAUUUGAAACUUUGGAGGAAGACGCCAAUUAUUUUUUGAGACUAAUAGGUGCACCAGAGGGACUGGUGUUUCCUAAUUUUAAAGACAGGCAUGCCACCGACAAAAGAACAAAUUCAGAAGUGGUUCAACAGUAUUUAGCAGAGAUUCCUGACAAAGAGAGGCAACAGACAUAUGACUUUUAUUAUCUGGAUUAUUUGAUGUUUAACUAUACUGUACCAUAUGCACAGCCCUAAUCUAGUUUAAUGCUCAAGCAAUUUUAUCAUUUAGCUUUUCGGUAGUAAAAACAUGACUUUUUAAAUGGAGAUGUUUUGAGUCACUGAAGUUUCCAUAAGCUAAAGUGACAUCAGCUAGCACAAGUUACAGCAAUAAUGGAAAAGAAAAAUUAAUUGCACUGGAAUGUUUGGAGAAAAAAAAAUCCUGUUAUAUUAGACAGUUUUAGAGACUACUAUAUAUAUAUAAUGUGAAUGACUUUAAAUCAGGCAUUUAAAUCAUAAUGAUUUGAAAAAUCUCCACAUUAGCAUGAUAUUAUUGCAACUAUUCAUCUGCCAUGUAUCAUGAAUGUAUUUUGUACCUUCUGGGGAAUAUCAGUUAAAUGCCAGCUUUUUCAACAAAUUUACACACUGUUCAUUAAGCAUUUGUUGUAGCUGGAAGUGUCAGAUAGAUCCCAAAUCUGCACAGAAAAAAAUGGCUUUAUCCUAUGUUUGUAUUCACAUGGAAUCUUGUUAUAAAUGCAGCUGUUGCAUCAAGUACCCACUGGGGAACAUGGACAAUAUAGUUCACUAUCACCCAUCACUCACCCUGAAUCUGUGGUGGGCAAAAUGCAGUCCAUGGUAUAUAUGCAGUCCCACUCUUGGGGCCUCCACCAUGCUCCCCCCCACCCAAGCUUCUUCUGUCUGAGUAUGUAUGGAAACUUCACCAGGCCUGAGUAGGGUGAGGGAGUACAAAUGCCGAAGUGACUUUGCUCAGC